AAAAGCGGCCUCAUCUCUGUUCUAGGGUUUUAUUCUUCCCGCCGAAACCAAGCGCUGGGCCGCCGCCGCCGGUCACCGUAGACGCAGCCCGGAGCCCCGCCGCCCCUCCGGCCAUGGACAAGGCGACAAAGUCGGCGUCGCCGGCGGGAGCCAAGGAAGGCGACUACGCGGCGCUGCGGGAGCUGUUCCGGCCGCACGUGGAAUCGUUCGACUACUUCCUCGACGCGGGGCUGGAAAAGAUGCUCGCAGAAAUCCGCCCCGCGGAGAUCAAGGAUCCCAACUCCAGCACCAUCCUAAAAAUAUUCUUGGAGAAGGGUCAUGUGCUACCACCAAUGAGGGAUGGUCGGUUGGGUGUACCACUCUACCCCCAGGAGUGCAGGCAAGCAAGAAUUACAUAUCAGGGGGAAUUUAAAGUGGACGUCUGCCUCCAGUGUAAUGAAAAUGGGGCACUAGUCAGGCAUACCUUCAAUUUUGGCCAUCUGCCUAUUAUGCUAAUGUCAAAACUGUGCCAUCUGAGAGAUGCUGACCCAAAUAAAUUAGUUUUCCAUGGUGAAGAGUCUACCGAAAUGGGCGGGUACUUCAUAUGUGGCGGGAUGGAGAGACUUAUAAGGAUUCUUAUAUUACAAAAGCGUAACUAUCCUAUGGGCAUGGUGCGUGGUUCUUUUCUUAAACGUGGUGCUGGAUACACUGACAAAGCAGUUGUCAUAAGAUGCGUCCAUACAGACCAGUCCAGUGUGACAAUAAAGUUGUAUUACCUCCAAAAUGGAAGUGCAAGGCUUGGGUUUUGGUUGGGGGGUAGAGAGUUUCUGCUUCCUGUUGGGAUUGUCCUCAAGGCCCUUAUUGAUACGAGUGACCGGGAAAUCUUUACAAGCUUGACAUGCUGCUACAGUGAUAAACAUGGAAGAGAAAAGGGUGUUGUCAGUACCCAACUAAUUGGUGAAAGGGCACAAAUAAUUCUUGACGAAGUCAGAGAUCUGUCCCUUUUGACUCACAUGCAAUGCUUGAUGCAUAUUGGAAAGUACUUCCGAUCUGUGAUGGAAGGAUUUGAACAUUAUGACUAUGAAGCUGUUGCUGAAGCGGUUCUGAAGGACUAUAUUUUUGUGCACCUGGAAAACAACCAUGAUAAAUUUAAUCUAUUGAUAUUUAUGCUGCAGAAACUUUAUGCUAUCGUAGACCAAACUGCUUCGCCUGACAAUCCCGACGCACUACAAUUCCAAGAGGCUCUCUUGCCGGGGCACUUAAUCACAGUUUUUCUGAAGGAUAGACUUCAGGAUUGGCUAAGAAAGUCUAAACGUUUAAUCAUGGAAGAGGCUACAAAGAACAAAAAUUUUGAUCUCAACAAUGCAUUGGAAGUAAGAAAAUUUCUUACUAAACACACAACAUCUGUUGGUAGAGCUAUCGAGAGUAUGAUAAAGAUCGGGAGAGUGAAUUCACAAUCAGGAUUGGAUCUUCCACAGACAGAUGGGAUGACCAUUCAUGCUGAACGGCUCAAUUUUCAUCGUUAUAUUUCACACUUCCGUUCUGUUCAUAGGGGUGCUGCUUUUGCUAAAAUGCGCACAACAUCUGUUAGAAAGUUACUUCCCGAGUCCUGGGGUUUCCUUUGUCCAGUUCAUACACCUGAUGGAGAGCCUUGUGGUUUAUUGAACCAUAUGACUUCCACAUGCCGUAUUUCAUCGUUCUACAAUUCAGAAGGGGCGGUUAAAGAUUUUGAGAAAAUAAAGAAGUCACUUUCUGCUGAGUUGGUUCGUGUUGGAAUGAACCCAGUGUUUCCUAAGAUUGAACGAUCUGGUCCCCCAGAAGUACUACAUGUACAUUUGGAUGGAUGUAUUCUUGGUACCGUGCCUUCUGCUAGGAUUGAGGAAGUAGUUAAUUUUCUUCGGAAGUUGAAACUUCUGGCACACUCUGGGAUUCCUGAAGAUCUGGAAGUUGGCUAUGUUCCUCUUAGUCUUUGUGGAGCUUAUCCUGGCCUUUACCUUUUUACAAAUCCAGCAAGAUUUGUUCGACCUGUCAAAAAUCUGUUAAGUGUACCUGGUGGAAAGCAAAGUAUUGAGCUUAUUGGACCAUUUGAACAGGCAUUUAUGGAGAUACGGUGUCCUGAUGGUGGGGAUGGAGGGAGAAAAAAAAUGUUUCCUGCAACUCAUGAAGAAAUCCACCCUACCGCUAUUCUUAGUGUGGUUGCCAAUCUGACACCCUGGUCUGAUCACAACCAAAGUCCUAGGAACAUGUACCAAUGCCAGAUGGCGAAGCAAACCAUGGGUUUUUGUGGACAAGCUCUAAAAUUCCGUACUGAUGUAAAAGCAUUCCACCUACAGACCCCUCAGACACCAAUUGUUCGGACAGCUACAUAUAGUAAAUAUUGUAUGGAUGAAUUUCCAUCAGGAACAAAUGCUAUUGUUGCAGUGCUAGCAUACACAGGUUAUGACAUGGAGGAUGCCAUGAUACUGAAUAAAUCAGCUGUUGAUCGUGGAAUGUUCCGUGGACAUAUUUACCAGACCGAAUGCAUUGACUUAUCCAAGAAAAACAGAGAAAAUGUUCCAGAAAUAUUUGCAAAGAGUGUCUUAUCUAGGGAUACAAACACUGCUAUUGAUUCAGAUGGCCUUCCUCGGCUUGGACAGGUAGUUAUCUGUUCAUUCUAUAUUAAAAGUUAUUUCCUUGUGCAAGAACAGUUAUUGAAUUCCUUUUACAUGUAUUUUCAUGGACAGACAGUACAUCCAAAUGAGCAGUACUAUAGUGUCUAUAACAGACUGACAGGUGCGAUAAGGCCUGUCAAACUAAAAGGCUCGGAGCCAGCGUAUAUUGACUAUGUUGCUGUCAAUGGGGCAAGUUCAAAAGGUGACUUUCAGAAGGCGAACAUUCGUUUGCGUCGUGUAAGAAACCCCAUAAUUGGUGACAAGUUCAGCAGCAGACAUGGGCAAAAGGGUGUUUGCUCUCAGUUGUGGCCUGACAUUGACAUGCCAUUCUCUGCAAAUACUGGCAUGAGGCCAGAUCUUAUCAUUAACCCUCAUGCAUUUCCUUCAAGAAUGACUAUUGCAAUGCUUUUAGAGUCUAUGGCAGCAAAGGCUGGAAGUCUGCAUGGAAAGUUCAUUGAUGCCACACCUUUUUCAAGCUCUGUCAAAGAGGAGGGCAAGGAUUCCCAUAAUCCUGAUUCGAUUGUGAAUGAACUGGGUCCCAUGCUCGCAUCUUAUGGGUUUGAUUAUCAUGGAACAGAGAUCCUUUAUAGUGGAUUUUUUGGCACUGAGAUGGAGUGUGUGAUUUUCAUUGGACCUGUUUAUUACCAGCGUCUUAGGCAUAUGGUCUCAGAUAAAUUCCAGGUCCGCACAACUGGUCGUAUAGACCAGGUGACAAAACAACCCAUUGGAGGAAGGAAGCAUGGCGGAGGGAUCCGGUUUGGUGAGAUGGAGCGCGAUGCGCUCCUCGCCCAUGGGUCUUCCUACCUCUUGCACGACAGGCUCCACUCCUGCUCGGACUACCACAUCGCGGAUGUGUGCUCCUUCUGCGGGAGCCUACUGACCGCGACAGUGAUCAAAUCCGAUACGCAGAAGAAAGCCAAGCGCGAGAUGCUUGGGGUAUCCACGGUGAGGCCGGCAAAAAACUUAUCGUGCCAUGCCUGCAAAACGAGCAAGGGGAUGGAGACCGUGGCGAUGCCGUACGUGUUCAGGUACCUGGCCGCCGAGCUGGCCGCCAUGAACAUAAAGCUGGAGCUCCGGCUGAGCAACAAAUCAGAAUUGCCUCCCAGCCAAGGAUCAUGAGGUUCCUCCACCCCUGGACAACCGCUAGUUCAUCUCGGGGUGCCCCGGCAGGCGGAAGUGUGGCCGUUGCAAUUGCAACACCCUGCUGGGGACUGCAAAAUUUUGUUCGAGGGAAAUGUAGCUCCCCCCAGUCGAGUCGUGCGUCGCAGUUUGUAUUGUUCCAUGCGUACGUGGGCGUGAUGUAUCGUCGCAACUUGUAGCAAAACAUCACUGAUUCAACUUGUAGCAAAACAUCAUUGAUUCAACGUGAAUCCGGGUUAUAGCUUUGCUUGCCCCUCGUUUUGCA